AUAAGAAUGUCACCAAGUACCAGAUGCUGUUUAACCUGAAUGAGAUGAGGGCCAGCAUUGGGGACUACCAUCUACUCUCCAGCGCUGAGCUCCGCCUGCUCAUCAAAAACCCAAACAUCCAAUCUGGCAGCGAGCAGCGCCUGGAGCUCUACAAGGGGCUGGGCGACAGUAGACGAUACCUGGGAUCACGCUUCGUCACCAACAAGUGGGGUGACCGCUGGCUGUCUUUCGACGUCACUGAAACCCUCAAGGAAUGGCUGAAGGGGACCGAGGAAGAGCAGGGCUUUGAGUUGAAGCUGUACUGUGAGUGUGGUAAACCCACGGAAUCGUUCCUCUUCAGUAUCUCUGGGUUGGACAGCGGGGUACGAGGUGACGUGGCUGGUCUAGCCAAGAACAUGAGGAAGCCUCAUAUCUUGGCCAUGUCCAUCCCCCAGAACUCCAGCUCACAGCUCACCUCCUCACGUAAGAAACGGGCCACCGCUACAGACGACACCUGCACAGAUAAAACAGAGAACUGUUGCGUGAGGAAACUCUACAUCGACUUCAGGAAAGAUCUGGGCUGGAAGUGGAUCCACAAGCCAAAAGGUUACCAUGCCAACUACUGCAUGGGCUCAUGCACCUACAUCUGGAAUGCUGAAAACAAAUACUCUCAGGUGGAACAGUUGUCCAACAUGAUUGUGGAGAGCUGUAAGUGCAGCUAGAAGUCAUAGGUCAUAUCCCCUCUAUCUCAUCCCCUCUAUCCCC